AUGAACGUUGUCCCACAGUCAUACAUUAGAACCGGAAGAAAGGCAAAGAAUUUGGUGGCCAAAAUGUUGAACAUCCCAGAGCAAAUGAAGGGAUUUCCAUCUAAAGUUUGGAACCAAUUUAGCUAUUAUAGCAAAUUGUCUUCUCUUGAAGCUGUUGGUAGAAAUGGAGCCGCAACUGCUUUUUACUCUGGAAAAUACGAUAUAAAGUUACAACUCGAUAAAAGCGAAGUACCAAUGAUUGGAAAGGACCAAAUUGAUAUUAAGAAAUUACAAAAUCAAAUUUUGGGUGCUAUUGAGGAUGCUCGUAAACAUAACCACAUUCACAAAUACUAUGAGAAGAGUUUAUAUCAAAUUUCACAUGAUAAUUUACCAAAGGCUGAAACCUUCUCUAAACCUACACAAUACGCUACUAAAAGAAGCGAAAUCAAACAAGAUUUAACACAAUUGCAAGAGGAUGAUGAAAACCAAUACAUGUUCAAGAAGGUUCUUCAACAAAUGCAAAAAAUUGAUAUGGAUUACCAAAAGGAUAUUCAAGAGUAUAAGAAGUAUUUAAUCAAGAAGGAUGAUUUGGAAAGUGCCCAAAGAGAUGAAAUUAAUUCCCGAGUGGCCUUCUCUUCUGCUUUCACUGAUUUGGCUAAUAGUCUUCCAGCUUCCGAAGCUAAGAAGAGCGAUGUAAAGGAUAUGACAUCAACAAUGUCUGAUGACUCAUCAAGAAUUAUUGAUAGAAUCAUUGAUCCAGAAGGUACAACUUUCCAAAGUAUCCAUAGUUUGACAUAUGAUUCUCGUUUGGACCCUGAUGCUGAACCAAUUGGUCCAUUUAUGCAUGAAUUGAUUGCUUUAAAGCAACUUGAAAAGCAAGUUGAAGAAUAUGAACAAGCAAACGGAAAGGGAACAUUUGCUAAAUACAUGACUGAAUCCGCUGCUAAUGAUAUGCAUACUCUUUAUGCUAGUUUAGAAUCUUUGGAAGAAGCCUUCUCACCAGAAGGACGAGAAAUGUGGGCUAGAGUUCUCUUUUCUACAGAAGCUGCUGAAAAUGUUGAAACUAUCAUGAAGGCUGUUGAAAAUAUUGAUCCUAAAUUGACAACUUCUUUACCUGAACCUGUUACCAUUGUUGAAGAUAUUGAAGAAGAAGAAAAGUAA